UGUUUUUGUCAUGUGACAGGAAGUAUAUGUUGAAGUUCGACAUAUUUCGAACAUUAUUCGGAAGUGUGUUAUUUACAAUGUAGCGACACAUAACUCUAACGUAUUGAAAUACGACAGUUACAGGUUUUAUUUUGUUUGGUUUUUUAUUUUGUCUGAGAAGCUCAACAGUGUUGCCAUCAGUUGCUUAUUAGAUUAGCGGGUUGUGAUCUCUGUGACAUGCUAGAUUUAGCAUUUAGCAUACUGGCUACCUUGCUAUGAUCCGUCACCACAACCAUCUCGACUUGGGUGCUCUCUUUUGACGGAUAACGCUGGUCAAUAAGUCCGCUUUCAGUUUCACUUUUUCCCCCUAUUUAGCUAGUGCCCCUUCCUUAAUGCCGGAACAUAUUUAACUACCUUGGGUUGCUGUUGCUGUCCCACUAAAUGUUUCUAAAGUCCUGUCCUGAGUGCUCUGACAUGACAUGGCCACCGACUGACAGUGGCAAUAGGCUGGUACUGACAAGAACUCAAGGAUGGAUCGAUAAGGCAGCUGUCGUCUUUGGCGACAUUUAACGGCUCCCUCGUAAGACCUGCAAUCAAGAGGGUCAAUCUUUCAUCAUCACAAUUUUCUCCCACCACGGGGUGGUUCUCAUCACCCCCCAGCCAUCAGGAUGUUGGAGGGCCUUGUUGCCUGGGUGCUGAACACAUACCUAGGAAAAUAUGUUAGCAACCUAAACACAGAUCAACUCUCCAUUGCUCUUCUGAAAGGUGCAGUGGAGUUAGAGAACCUCCCUCUGAGGAAGGAUGCCCUUCGAGAGUUUGACUUACCAUUCGAAGUCAAAGCAGGCUUCAUUGGAAAGAUCACUCUCCAGAUCCCUUUCUACCGGCCUCACAGUGACCCAUGGGUCAUCUCCAUGUCCCAGCUCAACCUGAUUGUUGGCCCUGCCCAGCUGCAGGAGUAUGACGGAGAGAGGGACAAAGACGAGGAGAGAGAACGCAAAAAACGCCUCCUCAAAGCUCUCGAAGACAAAUUCAAAAAUGAGUGUGAACAGACAGGAGAGUCGUACUGGUACUCUGUGACUGCCUCAUUAGUCACCAGAAUUGUGGAAAAUAUUGAGCUGAAGAUCCAACAUGUGCAUCUACGAUUUGAGGAUGACUUUUCCAACCCUGAGAAGCCCUUUUCCUUUGGCGUUUGCAUCAACAAUAUAUGUGCUCAGAACCCUUCCAGGGAAUUGGUCCAGAAGCUUUUCAGACAAAAGCAGUUGGAGAUCGAAGACUUCAGUGUCUACUGGGACACUGAGUGUGAAAUGCUGGGAAAGCUGCCCAUUAACCAGAUCCAGGAUGCCAUGAGCCAGUGUAUGCAAAGCCGUGACCAUCAGUACAUCUUUGAGCCGGUGUGCGCAUCUGUGCUGCUCCGAAGAAACACUUCCAAGGAGCCUUUGAGGUCCCGACACACCCCACGAAUCGAAGGCCAGGUUCAGCUGGAGUCUAUGUCUUUACGCCUUUCACAGGUGCAGUACCAGCAGAUCAUGGCCUUCCUUAAAGAGCUGGAUCGCAGGGAAAGAGAGAUGUUUUACAGAAAGUGGAGACCGAAAGUACCUAUUUCAGGAAACUGCCGACAGUGGUGGAUGUUUGCCAUCCAAGCCAACCUGAGUGACAUAAAAGAGCAACGGCGGCGAGGCAGUUGGGACUUUGCCCUGCAGCGCGCCCGGGACUCCCUAACCUACACCAGCCUCUACUUCAGAAGGCUCAAAGGAGUCCUGAGUCCUCAGGAAGAGAGUGAGCUGGAGCGGGUUGAGGAUGAGCAGACAUUUGAAGAGCUGCAGAUUCUCAGAGAAGUUGUCCAUGAGUGGUUUCGAAAGCAGGAAGUAAUUGCAGAGAAUGCACGUGAGCCCAGCAGUGAGCCCCAGACGUGUUCAUCUACAACAUCUGUUCCAAAGAGCGGGAGUUCAGGAAUGAUCCAGUACCUACAAUCGUGGUUCCCAGGCUGGGGGGGCUGGUAUGGAGAGUCCCAGGAUCCAGAUAGGCCACAAGAACUCCUGCAAAGUCCAUCCUCUUGGAAUAUUCUUGCAGAAACAGAAGAAUUGUUUGACCCCUUGGAGGACUCUCACACUUUGAACACGUUCACCAGGCGAGAUCAUCUGUUUGCCCGGUUGGACUUCUUACUGGAGAAGGGUGGAGUCACCCUCUUCCACCAGGACAAGUGUGGAGACACGCUGCAUGAGAGUGGAGUCAUACAGCUGGAAUUCUCUGGGGUGAAAGUGAUGGUGGAGUCUCUCCCUCGCUCAGAGUCCUCCUUAUUGUCUGUAAAGCUGGGAAGUUUGUUCCUUCGAGACUUGACCACUCAGGGCACUAUCUUUCCUGUCCUGGUGUCGCCCAAAACGGGGAACGUUGUUGUUGCUGCUAACCAGUCAUCGAGCCAGUCCAGCACUACUUCUGGAUGCAAUGCGGAAUGCGUAUCAUGCCCAGUGUUUGAGAUGAUUUACGAGCGUAACCCUGUGAGGUGCAAGUUUGAGAGAAGACUGGAAGUAAACACUAGUCCACUGAACAUAAUCUACAACCCACAAGCUAUAAAAGAAGUGAUCGAAUUCUUUUAUAAGGGAAGAAUUCACACCUCGGGUUUUGGGUAUCAGUCAGAACUGGAGCUGAGAGUGGCAGAAGCUGCAAGGAGGCAGUACAACAAGCUGAAAAUGCAGACCAAGGCAGAAAUCCGACAAACCAUCGAUCAGCUGCUUGUGGGAGAGUUCAUUGAGAACAGUAAGCGCUGGACCAUGAAAUUGGACAUCUCUGCACCCCAGGUGAUUUUUCCUGAUGACUUCCAGUCAGGAGACCCAAUGCUUGUUGUUGUUGAUUUAGGCAGGAUUCUGCUGACAAACUCUCAAGAUGACAAUAAGUCCAACUCAAUGGCUACUCAGCCAGAAAGAGAAAACAUAAGUGAUGAUGAGUACCAGACUCCUCUUGCAACCCCACCAGAAUCUCCCCCACCUGAACUCGAUGUGCCUUUGAAAGCACAGGUGAAAUACCCUGAGUUUACAAGCUUCAGGUCUCUGGAAGGUACUCAGGCCUAUAGACAAAAGCUUUAUGAAAAAUACUCCUUAUCCUUCAAAGACCUCCAGAUAAUGGUCGGUCGCUAUAAAGACAACUGGAAACAUCUUCAGGAGAGUGAGGUAGGGCCUACACACGUGGUGGAGAAAUUCAAUGUCCUCUUGCAGCUUGAGCAGAGACUGCGCUACACAUCUGACCCCCAGCUCCCCGGUGCUGUGCUGUCAGGAACCCUACCAGACCUCAAGAUCCAUAUGAACCUUGAGAAGAUGACUGCUCUUAGGAGUUGUCUGGCUAGACUAAACAGUCCAGCUGUAAAUGAAGGAAACAAAGGCCAAGAGAAGAGUCAGACUCUCAGACCUUCUGAUCCUCUUACCCUCCGCCAUGAAAAGAUAUUUCAAAGAGAAGAGAGCUCAUGGAAGCUGCAGGGUUCAGCCAAAAAUCUGACUCAGAGCGUGAUGACAUUGGAGCAGCAUACACGUGAAGUCUUGGUGGAAUCCCGUCUACUGUUAGCUGAAUUCAACAUUAACUACAUGCAGCUUGGUGUAGAGAGUGAUGGGCGGUACAUAUCUGUUCUUAAAGUGUUUGGCACAAAUGCUCAUUUUGUCAAGCGACCAUAUGAUGCAGAAGUUGCUCUAACUGUCCAUGGUCUUCUGCUGGUGGACACCCUACAAACUUACGGCUCAGACUUUGACCUCCUUGUUGCUUCUCAUAAGCAUCUCAGUUUUGACAUACCCACAGGCAGCCUAAGAGAAAGCCAGCCAUCAUCUCCUGUUUCAGCUAAUGGCAGUUCUCCUCCACAUCAGCAAAGCUGUACUGAGCAGUCUUCUCACCUGCCCUCAGAUGGACUCUCCCCCUUCAGUUCCCUUUUCAAAGACCAAGAAGCCCUGAUUAAGCUUGAGUACCAGUUUGUCAGCUCAGACUGCCCCUCCAUGAAUUUGGAAAGCUCCCUUCAGGUUACAAGCAUGCAGGUCAAUAACCUGGAUAUCAUUCUCAACCCUGAGACUAUGGUAGAACUGCUCAAGUUCCUGCAGAAGUCUUUCCCCAAAGAAGAAGGCACCUGGACGUCACCAGUGCAACACGAUAAAGCACAACAACAUACAGAACAGGACUGUGGUGAGGAACAGGAUGGGAUAUAUCAGUCCACCUAUGACCAGAACAAAGAACUGACCGUGGAGAUCCAUCGCCUCAACCUGCUUCUCCUCCGUACAGAGUCUACCAGCACUGUUUUAGGCACUGAGAAGAAAGGUUUGAAGAUUGCCACUGCCAGCAUUACUGGUACCAAGGUCAAUGUGUCCAUGGGUAGCCGGUUGGACAUUAACGGUUCACUUGGAUGCAUGCAGCUGGUGGACCUAACCCAGGAGGGAGGCCGAAGCCAGUUUGUGGUCAGCAUUGGUAGUGUUGAAGACUGCUCCCCAAGUCUUGAUGGAUUAACAUUCCUCCCCGACACACGAGAACGUUCUCCUGCAGAAGCUUUGAAUUUCCACCUUAUGGAGAAAUCCCAAGGAGAGUGUUCUUUGAAACUUCAAAUGGCAUCAUUGCACUACAACCACUCAGCUAAGUUCUUAAAGGAACUCAGUCUCUCAGCCAAUGAAGUAGAAGACAAUUUCCGCUCCAUGUUGAAAAGAGCUGCCACGAAAGUGUCAACAGUUCUAGCCAACAAAACAGCAGAGUAUAGUGGGAUGGUGUCACUCUUUGAGACGCCGUCACGGAAAAUUCGAUCUUUGAGUCAGAGCUGGGUCUAUCCGUUUGAGGAUGAAGAGGACGUUCCCAUGGAGGAACCUGAAUCCACUUUAGAUACAUUCUUAGUAAAACUGACCCUGAACAUUAGCAUUGAAUCACCAGUUGUGUCCAUUCCCCGUAAACCUGGUCACCCGGAACUCUUGGUUGGUCACCUGGGAAGCAUAACAAUCCAGAAUUUUGUUGCUGGACAAGACUCAGAAGAAGAAAGGUUGCAGGUGUUGGUGAAGGACAUUUGCCUCUAUUCACUCAAAAUGACUAAUUUAGUUGUGAAGAGGCUAGGCAAAGGGGUUAAUGCUGGCAGCGUGUCACCAACUCACGACAGGAGCAACACUCAGGAUGGACCACAGUUCACACGUCAUGACUUCUUUGAAUCCUUAAAUAAGGGAAAAGCUUUCCAUAUACUGAAAGACACCACUAUACAGUUCACCCUGGAGAAAGUUCCUGUUGAUCGAGAUGCACAGUUUACCCUCCUCACCACAGAGGAAUCCUUCAAGAGCACAGGACUACUGAGAAUUGAGGGCAAAUUUGUUAAUCCUGUUAAGGUGUUCCUGUGCAAGCCUGUGUAUGAACAAGUUCUCCAGACACUGGACAAUUUGUCCCUGACUGAAGAGCAACAUGUUACACCGAGCCAGCCGCCCACACCCCCACCACCAACACCUUCCUGCACCAAACCUCACCGCUUUCCCGACCCCCAGGGAGGAAUGUUUGCAAGGGACCCUCCCCAUUUCAGCUUCUCUCACAUGUCACUUUCAUCUCCUUUGCCUCUACAGUCGAACAAACCUACAAUGGACUCUUCCUCGUUCACUCAGCUAAAAGUCACCUUACAUGUGGCAGAAUUGCAGGUUCAUCUCAGUGCUGAUCUAACACAGGGGUCCCAGGGCUUAGUCAGUUUGCGCUUCCAAGAUUUGGAGGGAGACUUUACCAAGGAUCACCCUCAUUUACUGGAAAUCCAGCUGGCUCUUCGUUCCCUGCUCAUGGAAGACCUUUUGGAGCAGAAUCCCGAGUCCAAGUACAAACAUUUGAUGGUGUCUCGCGGAGCUCCCAAACCUUCCACCUUUAGUCCAAAGGAGUACCUUUCUCAAAGCUGUCCGUCAGCAUCUAAUGCUUUGUACCCAGUCAUGCCUCGGUCACUGCCCGCUCACAUGGAGGAGGCUCAGAAUGUCUUCCAGCUGUACCAGAGGCAUCCCAGCAACCCUUCAUCUAGCAGUCGCAAAUCCAAGAGGGGCCCGGACUGUCCCAGCACUCCUCCUCCUUCUCCGAGCCACCACACACCCUCUCCUAACCCACCACCAGAUUUUGACGAGUCACUUGUCCAUAUCAGUGUACAGCUGGUUGACCAGAACCAUCCAGAGUUCAGAACGCAUUAUGGGAGCGUAGGCCGAAGUGUGGACGUUGACUUUAAUUGCCUGGACGUUUUGAUCACGCUACAGACCUGGGUGGUUAUUCUGGACUUUUUUGGUGUUGGCUCUACUGCCAAUAAUCAUGCAGUGAAGGUGCCUGUGACACCCCAACCCGCGCCGGGAGAGCCUCUCUAUGAGCCAGACAGCGGUGAGAAGGACAAAAGAGAGCCUGUCAACACCAAAGUCGACCUAAAGGUUCAUUCUUUGUCUCUUGUACUGAACAAGAAACUCAAUGAGCUUGCCAAAGCAAGUGUGUCCAAAUUAUCUGCUCAUCUGGAGAUGUUUGACGGUGACAUGGCAUUACAAGGAACUCUAGGAAGUUUAUCUCUGAGUGACCUGACCCCACAUGGUGAUCUCUACAGAGAGCGCUUCACUACACAAGGAGGGGAGGCACUGAUCUUCAAUAUUCUUAAGUAUGGCCAGCCUGACCCUGACCUGGAGCGGGAAUGUGACAUCAAGGUGUCUUUGCAGAUGGCGUCAGUGCAUUACGUGCACACACAGCGCUUUCAAGCUGAGGUGGCAGCCUUCAUCCAACACUUCACUCAGCUACAGGAUGUGCUAGGCCGGCAGCGGGCUGCAGUGGAGGGCCAGCUUGUACGUGAUCAACCUCAAAGGGCAUCCAGAGUCCUGCUGGAUAUUGAAGCUGGGGCCCCAGUUAUUCUCAUCCCAGAGAGUUCCUGGUCACCAAGGCUCAUUGUAGUCAACCUCGGUCAGCUGAGGGUGAAGAACCGCUUCCUUCCAGCAGGGGCUUAUGGGACUUUUUCCCUCAGAGACAAGGAGCAUGUCCACAGUGCGGCAGAGAGAUGCAGUGAUCAGGAGACGCGCAGAGUCUCCACAUGCAGUUCGACCUCAUGCACAGGUCUGGGCCGGCCUGAGAGGCCACAAACCGUAGACACAGAGAAGGCACCUGAGAAGGAUGGCCCUCGCAGUUUAGAAAACCACGUGUGCUUGUUGGACUGCAUUGCAUUGGACCUGCAGGAGAUGGAUAUCUUUGCUGCUGAGCGUUUGCCAAGUCAGCCCUUGGACAGUGGUGGUAAACCUCUUGAAUAUUCAGACCUGGUCUUUCCUUCCUAUUGUGUCCGUCGCACUGGAAACAACCUGCUGAAAGACUGCUGCCGCCUCAAACUUAAAGUGGAGCGCAACCUGGACAAAGAGCUCAGCCAUGUGGUACCCGACAUGUCCAUCCAAGGCAGCCUGUCAUCGGUACACUGCUCUCUGGAUGUGGACCACUACCAUCUGAUCAGAGGGCUACUGGAGAACAACCUGGGAGAGCCUAUUGAAGAGUUCCUGCGACCCUACAACCUGCAGGAUCCCAGCACCUAUACGGUGUUGAGUGGAGAUGUUUAUACCAACUUCUCAUUCUUGUUGGACAUGAUGGAUGUCAGUUUGGAGCUACUAUACAAUCCCCAAAACAGUGAACACAAAUGCUCAUUAGCAAGGUUCGACUUCCUUAAAUCAAAGCUGCUCUUUGAGAGUUUCUCUAAUGGAUCCAAGUCUGUCAACCUGGUGUCUCAUUCCCUGCUGGCAUAUGACACUCGAUACACCGGGUUAAAUAAAAGAGCUGGUGAAGAUGAUGGGACAAGGCACAAUGUAUUUGAUUGCAUUCUCCAGGCAUCCAAAACAGGCGCUAACCGGGCAUCCUUACAGCUUGAACUGCAUUAUAGAUCCACACGUGAGUCUUCCAGCUUCACAGUGGUCCUCAAUAACCUCAGGGUCUUUCUGAUCUUUGACUGGGUCCAGCUGGUAGGGGACUUCCUGCAGAAGCCGACUGAGAAGAUACCCAGUGAUGCCAGACAUCAUCAGCGCUGGCCUAGUAACACUAGCACAGAUUCAGGUUCUAGUACCAUGGCCAGCACAAUAGGAACUGUUAUGCCAAAGACGGUCAAGAGUGGGGUAGUCACCAAGAGGUCCACGGUGUCAGUCACCCAGGAACGCUGCCUUGAGAUCAAGAUCAACGUCACAGGAACAGAGUUUGUGGUUGUGGAGGAUUCAUCCUGCCUGGAUACCAAUGCCAUCAUUUUAAAAGGCACCACUGUCCUUACCUACAAACCCCGUCUGCUGGACCGACCCUUCUCUGGCAGCCUGGCAGGAAUAGAGGUAUUCUCAUGUCGGCUGGGCAGCGAGCAGGAAACUGCACUCUCCAUCAUCGACCCGGUCAAUAUCCAGCUGGAGCUGUGUGGGAGCCCCACAUACCAAAGCAGUUCAGGUCUAUUGGACGCCUUCAAUGUAGAGGACAUCCCACCGCUGCUGGAGAUUCAGUUUCCAGCCCUAGACAUCCGUCUGUCCUACAACGACAUACAGCUCUUCUUGGCCAUCACCAAGUCUCUCCCUACUGCGAGUGCCCCACUGCCUCAUGUCUCUGACACCACUGCUCCCCCCACCAAAGGAGCCAGCCCUGCACCCAAAGACAUCUUCAGGCAGAAGACUGAGUCACUUAUAGAGGGUCAGCUAACCCACUUAGAAGACCUUGGUUUCAGGAAGGAGGACUGCAAAACAGCCCUGAUCCACUGUAAAGGUCAGCUGGAUCAAGCUGCAACAUGGCUGCUGGAGAAUGCUGAGAAUAUAGCAGGUCAUCCUCGAGCCAGGGCUAACUCUGGGACCAGCAGCCACUCAGCUCCUUUGUCAGGAGUGGAGGUGAAGGCUGAUAGCAUCUGCAUCUGUUUCAUCGAUGACUGCCUGGACUGUGACAUACCGCUGGCAGAGCUAACCUUUUCCAGGCUUUACGUGCUGCAGCGCAUUGGUUCCAUCCAAGAAGGCAACGCUAGCUUCACUCUGUCUGGAGACUACUACAACCGAGAGCUGUCAGGCUGGGAGCCCUUUAUUGAGCCCUGGCCCUGCAUCCUUUCGUGGCAGCAGCAGGCCGCUGGUCGUCUCCAUCCUCCACGUCUUAAGAUGGGGAUUCGAGCCAAGCAGAGACUGGACAUCAACAUCACUUCUGUCCUGCUGGAACAAUACACCACCACCAAGAGCUCCUGGAUAGCUGACUACUGUAAUGAGGAGGACCAGGCCCCCCAGACUUCGCCCCCCAUGCCCUGGAUAGGCUCUUCAGUUGAUCCACCCAGCUUUGGACAAAGUGCGCCUCUUGCUCACCUUAGAACUAGGAGCACAGCCAGCUUGACUUGCCUCGAGCAGCAGAUUCAUUCCAGAGAUGUCAAGUUGUCUAAGAAGAGGCAGCCCUUUGUCCCCUAUGCUCUACGCAACCAUACAGGAUGUACUAUGUGGUUUGCCACUAUGACUACAACACCCACCAGGGUAGCACUCUCCCACAGCAGUAGUGCAGACUCCAUUUCUGAUGUCCACAGUUCAGGAUCUGAUGACAGCCACAAUGUGAGCCAGUGGAGAGAGGUGCUGCCUGGGGAGGAGAUUCCCUUUGAGUUCGAGGCCCAUGAGAAACUCCGUCAUCGACACACUCAUGAGCUGAAACUGCACCAGCUGCUGGUUCGUGUAUGUGGAUGGGAGCAAGUGAAGCCGGUGUCUGUGGACAAAGUGGGCAUUUUCUUUCGUUAUGCAGCUCCAGACAGGAGCAGCUCUUCCAACACUGUCGGCAGCCCUAUUAGCAGGACCAACAUUAUCCACCCACACGUUUACUUCUCUGCCCUGCCUCCUGUGAGAGUGGUCUUCUCCAUCACAAUGGAGGGCAGUGCCAGGAAGGUGGUCACAGUCCGCUCUGCCCUCAUGGUCAAGAACCGACUGGAUGUUCCUAUGGAGGUCAGACUGGAUAGCCCCUCCGCGCCUGACAAACCAGUAGUGUUGCCUCCAAUCCUGCCUGGCCAGGCCUUGGCAGUCCCCCUCCACUUGACCUCCUGGCGGCUGCAGUCUCGGCCUAAAGGCCUGGGUUUGUUCUUCUGUAAGGUUCCUAUCCACUGGACCACGGUGGAGCGGCCUGGAGAGAUCAGCAGCAGUAAGAGGGAGUGUCAGUCAGCAGACUUUGAUGACAGCCUCAAGCACAGCUUCAGGUUUUGCGUGGUCAUAAAAAAGGAGAACUACCCAGACCAGCAGCCUGCCAACAAAUACGUUUCUGGCAGUACAAAGCAAAUCUAUCGACAGCCAGGGCACACGGUCUACCUUCUGCCUACCAUGGUGCUGGCCAAUUUGCUGCCCUGUGACAUCAGCUACUACAUUAAAGGAAUGUCCAUUAAAGGCUCACUGAAGCCGGGAAAAGAGGCUGUGCUCCAUGCUGCUGACACCUCACAGAACAUGGAGCUGGGAGUCCUGCUGGAGAACUUCCCUGUGUGUAAAGAGCUGCUGAUUCCGCCGGGAACUCAGAACUAUGUAGUACGCAUGCGCCUGUAUGACACCAACAAACGUCUUCUUUGUCUCACCAUUCGGAUCAUUUUACGAGCACAGGGAGCAUUAAAAAUCUUGAUUUCUGCCCCCUACUGGCUUAUCAACAAGACUGGUCUGCCAUUAAUUUUCCGUCAGGACAAUACCAAGACUGAUGCAGCAGGCCAGUUUGAGGAGCACGAGCUGGCCCGUAGCCUCAGCCCAUUGCUCUUCUGCUACACCGACAAGGAACAGCCUGCUAUGUGUACAAUGCGGAUUGGUAAAGGAAUCCAUCCAGAUGGAAUUCCUGGCUGGUGUCAAGGCUUCUCCCUGGAUGGAGGAAGUGGAGUCAGAGCAGUCAAAGUGAUCCAACAUGGAAACAGGCCUGGCCUCAUCUACAACAUCGGUAUCAGUGUGCGCAAAGGAAAAGGACGCUAUAGAGACACACACAUCGUAACCUUUGCUCCACGCUACCUGCUGGACAACCGAUCUACACACAAACUGGCCUUUGCUCAGAGAGAAUUUGCAAGAGGAAAGGGUACGGCCAACCCGGAUGGUUACAUCUCCACCCUGCCAGGCUCCAGCGUUGUCUUUCACUGGCCGCGAAAUGACUAUGACCAACUGCUAUGUGUGCGCUUCAUGGACAUCCCCAAUUGCACAUGGUCAGGAGGCUUUGAGGUUAACAAACCCAAGUCUUUUCAUGUAAAUAUGAGGGACACACUGGGGAAUUGUUUCUUCCUACGGACAGAGAUUACCCUGAAGGGAGCCACCUACCAGAUCUCCUUUACUGACACUGACCAGCUGCCUCCUCCUUUCCGCAUUGACAACACCUCUGAGGUGCCUAUUCAAUUCUGGCAGCACGGUGUAGUUGACAUGCAGCUGCACACUGAGGUGAAGCCAGGCGCAGUGCUAGACUAUGCCUGUGAUGAGCCUACAUUGCCCCCGUGCCUCAUACUCACUGUGAAGGGAGCUGGAUCUUCUGAGGUCACAGCUGACAUGAACUUCUUCCGAGAAUACAACAAACUCUACUACGAGAACUUCAUCUACAUCGCAGCCACGCACACUUUCUCACAGACUGUCGAGAGAAGACUUGUUGGGAAGAAGUGUUUGGUGAGCUGUGCUGAACUGGUUUUAGAUGUGGACACUAAGACUCAGAGGGUCAUCCUGAGGAAGAAGGAGCCAGGGAAGCGCUCCCAGCUGUGGAGGAUGACUGGGACUGGCAUGCUUUGUCAUGAAGGUUCAUCUCCACCACAGAGCAAACCAGCUCAGCCACGCCCACUGGACUCCUCUCUUGUACUGGACAUCGCUGGACUUGCAGCUGUUAGCGACAACAGCUUUGAGCCACUGAUGCUGAGGAGGCCAGACUCACGACGCAGCACCACCCAGACAUGGUACUUCAGCUCAGGCAUGCUGACCUGUGGCCUACCUCGACUGGUAGUACAGGUGAAAGGUGGGGUUGCCGGCCUGUAUGAUGGAGCAGAGGUGGUGCUAGGACCAGAUUCUGGACUUCUGGAGCCUAGUCUUGAGCAGCAGUUCAUCAACCAGAAGAUGAGGCCGGGUUCUGGGGUUCUGUCAGUCCAGGUGCUGCCAGAUGGACCCACACGUGUCUUACAGAUCAGUGAUUUCAAUCAGAGGAGAAUGAUGAGGAGCUCCCCUAGUACAGAACAGGAUCGGGGCAAAGAUGAUGUGAAGAAGAGAGAGGCUGAGCAGGAGCUGGAGGUGUUGGUGAACUUGGAGGAGGGGCUAGGGUUGUCUCUGGUCAACAAGGUUCCUGAGGAGCUUGUUUUUACUACGCUGUCUGGUAUAGAUGUCCACUUUACUCGCACUGCUGCCAAUGAAGUGUUGGAGCUGAGCAUCCACAAUAUACAGGUGGAUAAUCAGCUCUUGGGUACCACUCAUCCCGUCAUGCUGUGUGUGACUCCCAGUUCCAGUGAGAGCAGUGUAAGUGACAGUGGCCCAGCAAUGCAAGUCAAUUCAGUCAAGGUUCCUAGCAGCCUCAUGCUUACUGACCUCUACAAGCACCUGAUGGUGACAGCUCGUCGCUUCACUGUCAUAAUUGAGGAGAAGCUGCUUCUCAAGCUGCUCAGUUUCUUUGGAUAUGGACAGACAGAUGCUGAGCUGGAGAAGUUGGAUGAAAACCUCCGUGACAAGCCCAAUGAGGACACUGGACCUCCAAAACGGUACUACUUUGAGAAUUUGAAGAUCAGCCUUCCUCAGGUGAAACUGAGCGUCUUCACCUCUCACAAGCUGCCUGCUGAACUCAAGGCCCUGAAAGGUACCCUGGGCUUUCCUCUAGUUCGCUUUGAAGAUGCAGUCAUCAACAUGUACCCAUUCACAAGAGUGCAUCCCUAUGAGACACAGGAGAUCAUCAUCAAUGACAUCCUUAAACACUUCAGAGAGGAGCUCAUCAGUCAAGCGGCUCAGAUACUUGGGUCUGUGGACUUCCUGGGGAACCCCAUGGGCCUCCUCAAUGACGUCUCUGAGGGCAUGACUGAACUCUUCAAACAUGGCAAUGUGGGUGGUCUCAUACGCAGUGUAACCCACGGUGUGUCCAACUCUGCAGCCAAGUUUGCAGGCACUUUAUCGGAUGGGCUGGGAAAGACUAUGGACAAUCGGCACCAGAAUGAACGAGAGUACAUCAGAUACCACGGAGCCACCAGUGGAGAGCACCUGGUAGCAGGGAUUCAUGGAUUGGCUCACGGUAUCAUUGGAGGCAUGACGAGCAUCAUCACUUCCACAGUGGAGGGUGUGAAGACGGAGGGUGGAGUCGGUGGCUUCUUCUCUGGCCUGGGUAAAGGCCUUGUUGGUACUGUGACCAAACCGGUGGCUGGAGCUCUGGACUUUGCAUCAGAGACAGCCCAGACAGUCCGGGAUAUGGCUAGUCUCAGUAAUCAUAGGCUCACUGUGCAGCGUGUGAGGAAGCCCCGCUGCUGUAAGGGACCCCAGGGUCUGCUGCCUCGAUACUCAGCCACACAAGCGGACGGUCAGGAGCAACUGUUCCACCUCACAGACAACAUUCACUCCGAGUUCUUCAUUGCUGUUGAGCCCAUCGACACCUACUGCGUACUCAUCUCCUCAAAAGUUGUCUACUUCCUGAAGCCAGGUGACUUCGUGGAUCGUGAGGCCAUCUUUCUGGAGGUCAAAUACGAUGACCUCUACCACUGUCUGGUAUCUAAGGAUCAUGGGAAGGUAUAUGUGCAACUCACCAAGAAGGCUGAGAAUACUAGCAGUGGUGUGGCAAUUCCUGGUCCUUCCCACCAGAAGCCCAUGGUCCAUGUGAAAAGCGAGAGCCUCGCCAUCAAAAUAUCCCAAGAAAUCAACUACGCCAAGAGUCUGUACUACGAGCAACAGCUCAUGCUUCCUUCCACUGAGAAUGAGGACUGCUUACUGCUUGAAUCCUGAUCAGGACUCUUGGAGAUGGUGUCUGUGGGACUGUGGGGCAUUUAAUUGAUUUUUGCAGAUAACAGUUUUUUAAUCUGUUUUGACAAACAGCAGUAAAGGGUACUGGGUACAGAUACGUGACCUGAUGUUUCAGAAAGCACAGACAUGUACAGGAUAGAAAAAAAUAAAACUUGCACUGCAGUGUUCUUUUCACUGUGUAUAUGUAGAAAGCCCUUGUACUGCAUUUGGCCUUUGCAUUUAUGACUUAUAUGGCUGUAGUUGUACACAUUCUAUAGCAGUUCUAUAUAUUUGUGACUAGACUUAAAUGUAAAUAGAGCUGCAUACCAAGAGUAUAAAUUGUUGUGCAUACUCUAUUAUGAUGAAAUAUAGAAAGUCACAACAAAAGUGGAUUAAUUAACAAACUGCCUUUACAAAUGUAUUUUGUGUAAGAGUCUAUUAUAGAUGGGGACAUUAAUUUACACUGACAUUGGGGUGGGACAUGCAGCCCCCUCAACCUUUCAAUUAUACACACUGGAGUGUCCAUCAUCGCCUACACUGCUUUUUACAAUCAUAAAUCUAAUGUGUCUAAUUUUAUUUAGCUACCCUUUUUUAAUGACCUCAUAAUGAGCCUUCUAACCAGACUUUAAAGCAAAGUGAGGGCUUCCUUUUUACCUUUUACUUUGAGCACCCCCAAAUGAUAGGAAGCCACUGUUUGCAGGUGUGCGCGUGCGUGCGUUAGCACAGGCCUGUCAGAGAGAUGACACACUCAGUCUGUGAUCCUGUUAAAAUGGUAAGAUUUAAAUAGACACUACUUCAAAUAAAGCACCAGAUUGCAGUAC